AUGGUGACUGACGUGCAGCUGGCCAUCUUUGCCAACAUGUUGGGUGUGUCUCUGUUCCUGCUGGUGGUUCUAUAUCACUAUGUAGCUGUCAACAACCCCAAGAAACUGGAGUAGAACC